CGUUUUUCCUUUUGACAACUGUCUGAAAUAGGUUCCUUUAAGAACCUCCUACUCGGUAUUUGCAAUUGUAAACACAAUAUGUCAAAGAAUGAUUUUUAUUCAGUGGUGAGGCAGCCAGCUAUUUGCAUGUCAUGAGGUCUAAGGGAAACAAACUGACCCUCAGCCUUCGUCCAGCCAGCCAAAUUCUGAUGGGACCCUCAAAUAGCUCUGGCAAACUCUUCUGUUUCUUUUGGACUUGAUGAAUGCUUGUUUCUGUGAAGACGUGUAAUUAUUUCUUCCUUUAUUUUGCUGCACAAGUUACCAAGAGAAGCAGCUUAAAACCCAAUAUCCCGUGGAGAACCCUGCCAGAAUGACCAGCAGUCACACAGACUGUCAUUACUGCCUGCAGUCUCUUCGUGGAAGGAAGUACGCAUUAAGAGAAGAAAACGCUUAUUGUGUUUCAUGUUAUGACAAACUGUUUGCCAGCACCUGUGAAGAGUGCAAGCAACCUAUUGAGUGUGAUUCCAAGGAUCUGUCCUACAAAGGCCGCCACUGGCAUGAGCGGUGCUUCAAGUGUGCCAAAUGCAGUCGUUCACUGGUGGAGAAACCAUUUGCUGCGAAAGACGAGAUCUUGCUGUGUACUGAAUGCUACUCUGAUGAGUAUUCAUCUAAGUGUUUCCACUGCCAGAAGACCAUUAUGCCUGGUUCCCGUAAAAUGGAAUUUAAGGGAAGUUCCUGGCAUGAAUCCUGUUUUGUUUGCCAGUAUUGCCAGCAACCAUUGGGAAUCAAACCAUUCAUCACCAAAGACAAUGAGAACUACUGUAUGCCCUGUUUUGAGAAGCAAUUUGCUCACCAUUGCUACUCUUGCAAACAGGUAAUAACUUCUGGGGGAGUGACCUACCAUGACCAGCCUUGGCAUAAAGAAUGCUUUGUAUGUGCUGGGUGUAAAACACAACUGUCUGGACAAAGGUUUAUUUCCAAAGAUGAGUAUCCAUAUUGUGUAGACUGUUUCAGCAAACUGUAUGCUAAGAAGUGUGCUGCUUGCAAGAAACCUAUUACAGCUCCUGGAAAUGUCAAAUUUGUCUCCUUUGAAGAGCGCCAGUGGCAUGGGGAGUGCUUUAACUGUGCGAAAUGCUCCGUCUCGCUGGUGGGCCAGGGAUUCCUCACUCAGCAGGAUGAUGUCCUUUGCCAUGAAUGUGGCUCUGCUUCAUAGUUCUGUGGAGAGCUGUACAGCUGCAUUAUUCUCACUUUGCAACAAUGUACUUCGUUACUCUGCAGUAAGAAAAACAUAUAGGAAGUAUAACAGUUAUAUAGUCAUAGAAUCAUAGAAUAGUUAGGGUUGGAAAGGACCUUAAGAUCAUCAAGUUCCAACCCCCCUGCCAUGGAGAGGGACACCUCACACUAAACCAUGCCACCCAAGGCUCUGUCCAGCCUGGCUU